CGAGCAUCGCCAGCGCCAUCCACAGUACAAGGCGCGACUUUUGAACGCUGGCAACGCAGCUCCUCCAUUGCUACACAGACUCCAACACACUAUCGAUAUCUCGGGCACCCACGGCGAGUGUCUGCCACAUACGGUUGUGCCUCCCUCCUCCCGCAAUCAGCAAUCACCAACCAUAUAAAGUUGUUUGUUUUUUUUGUGUGCCACGAACAAAUCGGGCGAAGAAAGUGCCGCCUGCCAGUGAAUUGGAUAUAACAUAUAGCUGCUGGGAUCUGGCACGAUCUGAACUGAGAAGUGCGUGAGAAGUUUGCUUUGAAUGUGCAUUGUCCGCAUAUUAGCAUAGGAGGAACACAGACACCGAGAGAGCCAUGCGACUGGCAUUGAUACUGUGCACCCUGAGUGCGGCCGUGUGCCUGGUGAGCGGUUUGGGUCAGCCGGAGGCUCCCACCAAGGCGUCCAGCUACCCCAAGAAGGUGACAACGCUGAAGAAGCGUCCGACCAAGACACCCACAGCGGCAACCACAGCCUCAGCAUCCGCGAGCAGCAGCCCAGCCCUAGGCAGUGGGACGACCAGCAAGCCGAGCAAGCCACGCGUGAAGAUCGGAAAGGCCAGCAGGCCCACGACGACGACGACGACGACAACAGGGCCUAGAGGCACCACCAAAGCACCGGCUUUAGCUGCCACCUUUGGCAAUCUGCCCGCCGACGAUCUGGAGUUCAUCAAGGAGCUGGAUAAGCAGUUCAAGCUGCACGGCGACAAGAUCAAGAUCAAGGUGGAGCGAGACAACUCCACGGGCAGUGGCAGUGGCUCCGGCAAGAACAGCAAACGCACCAUCGAAGGGGAUCUGGGAUAUGGCUAUGCCCAUCAGGGUUACGACUACACGCCGCCCAAGUUCAUGUUCUAUCCGUACUCGCAGCACGACAUUCCGGCCACAGAGGCGCCACUGGAUACGUACAGCAGCUAUGAACCCUCUGGCUUUGCCCUGCCACAGCCGCAGGGACCGGAGGAGGAGGAGGAGCCGCAGGAGCAUCAGCAGGAGCACCAACAGCCGCCGCAGCAGGAGCAACACGUGACCAGCGUGACCAUCGAGCCGUCGUACUCGUACGAGCUGAAGCCACAGACCACCUACGAGACACAGGCACCGCAUCCGACACAGCCGCAGGAGCACCAGCCGCAUCCAAGCCAUCCUGGACUGGAGCAGCCACAGAUUGACCUGCCGCAGGAGGAGGAGCAUGGGGAUCAGGGCGGCUACCAAGAGCCCGUCAUCGUUCUGCGCAUCCCAGGGCCCGCCAAGUAUGCCGCCCAUCUGCAGACCCUGCUGCAGCAGUACCUCGAGAUUCGGGCCGCCCAGUACUUGAGUCUGCUCCAAGAGGCCGAGCAGCAUCAGCAGCAUCAGCAGCAGCAACAACAUCAGCAGCAGCAACAUGUGGAUCUCUCGCAGCAAUAUGGCUCCCCCGAGCAGGUGCCCUACCAUCCCGAUGUGAGCUAUGCCCAUCAGCUGGCACCCACGCCACAGCCAGUGCAGUAUGCGGCCAUCGAUGAUGUCUAUCAGAGCUACAAGGGGCGCCACCAGCAGCAGCAGCAGCAGCAGCAGCAGCAACUGCAACUGCAACAGCAGCAACAUCAACAUCAGCAGCAAUACGAGCAGCCACCGCCCGAGGCCUACUAUGCGCCAACGGGCUACCAGCAGCAGACGCAGUUCUACUACGCCCAACCGCAGUCCCAUGGCCACGGGCAGGGGCAGACGCAGCCGCAGCUCUACCUGAUAGCCAUGGCCCCACAGCCGGAUUACGGAGAGGCAGCUCCACAGGCGGACUACGGAGAACAACAUCAGCAACAGCAGCAGCAGCAGCAGCAUCAGCAGCAACAGCAACCGAUCUAUGUUCCCGAAUCGGAGCCACCCUCGGCACCCGAGGCGGAGCACGAGCAGGAGCACAGUCUACCCAUCACGGAGAACAAUCCGCGGCCCACUCACACCAAGGUCAUCUUCAAUACACAUUCCAGCCACAUGUAUCCCGCCCUGCGGCAAUACUCCCAGCAGCUGCAGCAGCACCAACACCACCAGGAGCAGCAGCAGCAGCAGCAGGUGGAGCAGCAGGAGGGCGCCUCCGAGGAGAGUGCUCCCAGUGGCCAGCGGCCGUUCAACUACCACGCCCACAACCUCAAGAUGCGGCAGGGCAAGCGUUCGGCGAAGGCGCAACCCGAGGCGGCAGCCAGUGACCAGCGACUGCAGCAGAUCCGCGAGUACGUGCGGGAGAAGCUCGGGGCGGAGAUGGGCUCGGCGGUGGAGUACAAGACGACACAGCUGCUGGAGGGCUAACAGUUUAGCCUUCUCCCCAUCCAUUCUUAGUACUAACUUGUAAUUGUAAUCGUAAUUGUUGUUGAAGUUGCUUCUCGUGCCUGAAAUCCGUUCAUUAGUAUUUAUUCUGCCUCCAACGAGGGGUUGUCCCGCCCAUCAAAACAUCCCAAAACUGUGCACCACACCACAGCAAUCUCUACAAGGCAUUGCCGACUCUUUGGCGGGGCAGCUAAGUUAACCGCCUGGAAGUAUGCAGUGUCUUUCGCUGAGCAGCUCAGAAGUAGGCACUGGCCAGAGAGUUACCCCAGGCCGCGAGUCUCUCGCCGCACCUCACAUCAUCAUUCAAUCAUCCAUCCAUUUCCAUCUCCAGCUGCGCUUUUCAUUCCCAUUUAUUAUGUGUUGUUUUAUGUGUUCUUUUUUUUUGUGUUUGUGUUUUUUGUUGAACACAAAAAUGUGCUGAAAGCGUGUGCAAUAAUUAGUCUGUAACUGUAACGAAAUGUACUUC